AUGUAUAAAUUCACACAUUUCGAUAAGAAGCUUUGCCGCUUUUUGCGCCACAAAUUCGAUCUUGCCGUCGACGACUGCGACGUGUACUCAAUAUGGCAUUUUUGCCCGGGCACACGCUGGCGCGCAAUCAAGAAUUUCCUAAUGGAGAGCUCAUUGUGUCAAGCCGAAUGGUUUCCGGUCAUCUACUGGGUGGUGUUGGCGAUCAGCACGCUGGGCACGUUCUAUAGCCUUAGCGAGUUCACCAGCCUCUAUUGGGGUGGCCGCAAGCGCGUUUCCAUGUGGCGUUCACGCAAAUAUUAUGUCAUACCAUAUGCAGUGUUGCGCAAAUGUCGCCUUGUCGGUUCGCUAGUGAUGCUCAAUGCUUGGCUACUACUCUGGUAUGCCGUAAUAAAUGUUUCGCCGGGUCACAUGACGCCAUGGCUUACCAUCAAUAUGUUUGUGCUGAGCUUUGAACUCAUCGCCUGGCUGGUAGAGGUAUUGGUUGGCGCUACAAAAUUAGAUCUGCACACCCUCUUCACUUUCACCCUGCCUGUGGCCAAUUACCUGUUUGUGCGCUGUGUUCACAAUGUUUUCCAGAGUGCCAACGAAACGAAUGAUGUCGAUGAUUUGCGGCUGUGGAAGCGUGGUUUCAAGUGA